GACAAAGUAUCUCUAUAAGCAAUGAGCAGGGGUAACACGUGGUUUAUUGUGAAGGCCUUGCUUGUAGCUGCUUAGGCACAGCUAAAGCAGGCCAGGAGAGCAGGAACAGCGAAUAGAGCCGAGAGAGGGCAGAGCCCCGAAUCCCGUACAUUAAAUAUCUUUCUAAGUUGAAGAGUAUGAGUUGGACCAACCAAUCUAAUACAAGAUGACAACAUAUACAGCCAAUAGAAAUGUCCCACCACCCAAGGCAAGCAGAAGGGGAUUGUUUAAUCAAUCAAUCUGGCCCUUAGCUUAGCAGGAGUAUAUUGUUUAACCAAGGGGGCUGGCCCUCAGCUUAGCAGGUCGUUGUUCACAAGCUGAUGGCCCUGCACCCCACACCCUAAAUCUCAAAGCUUGCUUUCAUUUCUAUCUCGCUUGUUGAACUCAGACUCCCAGAAUCUAAACCACCAUAUUUGCAAGGUCUUUCUACUUCAUCCUUCCCAACAGUCAAUGUGUUCUUUCAACAGUCCAUGAUGCUCAGAGUGAAGAAAUGUCCAACAGCAGCUCCAUCAGCCACUUCCUCCUGCUGCCAUUGGCACACACGCGGCAGCUGCAGCUCCUGCACUUCUGCCUCUUCCUGGCCAUCUCCCUGGCUGCCCUCCUGGCCAACGGCCUCAUCAUCAGUGCCGUAGCCUGCGGCCACCUCCUGCACAGCCCCAUGUUCUUCUUCCUGCUCAACCUGGCCCUCAGCGACCUGGGCUCCAUCCUCACCACUGUCCCCAAAGCCAUGCACAAUUCCCUCUGGGACACCAGGAACAUCUCCUACGAAGGAUGUGCUGCACAGGUGUUUCUGUUUUUGUUUUUCAUUUCAGCAGAGUAUUUCCUCCUCACAGUCAUGUGCUACGACCGCUACGUGUCCAUCUGCAAACCCCUGCACUACGGGACCCUCCUGGGCAGCAGAGCUUGUGCCCACAUGGCAGCAGCUGCCUGGGCCAGUGCCUUUCUCUAUGCUCUGCUGCACACAGCCAAUACAUUUUCCCUGCCUCUGUGUCAUGGCAUUUCCCUGGGCCAGUUCUUCUGUGAAGUCCCACACAUCCUCAAGCUCUCGUGCUCACACUCCAAACUGAGGGAACUGGGGAUUACUGUGGUUGGUGCCUCUUUAGCCUCUGUCUGUUUUGUGUUCAUUGUUUUCUCGUAUGUGCAGAUCUUCAGGGCUGUGCUGAGGAUCCCCUCUGAGCAGGGACGGCACAAAGCCUUUUCCACCUGCCUCCCUCACCUGGCUGUGGUCUCCCUGUUCCUCAGCAGUGGCACAUUUGCCUACCUGAAGCCCCCCUCCAUCUCCUCCCCAUCCCUGGAUCUGUCAGUGUCAGUUCUGUACUCGGUGGUGCCUCCAGCCCUGAACCCCCUCAUCUACAGCCUGAGGAACCAGGAACUCAAGGCUGCAGUGUACACACUGAUCACUAGACCAUUUCACAAUCUCUGUAUUGUUUCCCUCACAUGUUCUCACCUCCUCCUCUUCUCUGACCAGCAGCAAAAACCUUGUGACUUUGUUUUGAUUUUCUUCUUAGCUAUGUCCUCACAGAAGCGUUACCAGCCUCUCUCACUGGCCCAGUUUUGGCCAGCAGCACGUCCACCCUCAGAGCCAUCAGCCUUUGGCUCUGCUGGACAUGGUGGGAGCUUCCAGCAGCUUCCCACAGGAGCCAUCUGUGUGGUGACCCUGCUGCCAAAAACCAGGCUGUGCCAAACCAACACAGCUUGUUCUGCUAAACUUGCUGAUUUCUAA